AACAGCAAACAAAAAAUGUUCUCAAAGAUCGCAUUGUUCGCACUCUUUGCGGUAGCGACCGCCUCAAGCUCUGACUACUCGAGCUUCUCCUACGGUGUCAACGACCCCCACACUGGUGACGUAAAAGACCAGCACGAGACCCGAGUCGGCAACCACGUGGUCGGCCAGUACUCGCUCCUGGAGUCCGAUGGAACCAAACGCAUUGUGGACUACCAAGCCGACCCUCACACCGGAUUCAACGCAGUCGUCCGUAAAGAUGGACUGGCUCAACAUCCCGCGUCGUACGGUCGUGCUCUCGGCUACGCAUCGCCUGUAGGCUACGCCGGCUAUGGCGGCUACGGCGCUGGCUACAGCGGCUACGGUGCCGGCUACAACGGCUACGGCUCAUCUCUCGCCUACAACCACGGCUACGGUGCCUCUCCUCUCGCGUACGGAGCCCACUCUUACAACAACUACGCGUCUCCCCUGGCACAUGGUGCUUACGGUGGACUCUCUGGCUACGCCUACGGCUCAAACAUCGGCUACGGCGCCGGCUUGGGAUGAUAGGUAAAUAAAUUUUCAAAAGACUGAAUUUGGCUGAAGUUAAUGGACAAACGAAAAUGAUAUAUUAUUCUCCGUUUCUGUACCUAACGUUAAACUUUUCUACUAUCUGUCUAUUUUUUUCUGCCUAUUUUAACUACUCUAUCAACUAGAUUCUUUGUAAUAACUUAUGAAUAUCCUCAUAACUUUUAUCUUUCUGAUUUUUCAAUUGUGAAUUCUCUUUUGGUACAAUUGUAAAUAAAACAAAAUGUUCACAUCGAAAAA